AUGAUCUCAGCGCUGGAACCAGAACUCGCUCUACGGCAAGCUAUCAAGGCGAAGCAAGUUAUCACCUACACAAGCAGUGAUGGUCCUCGUUCAUCGUUAUCAUCUGCAGCACACCUUGUCAUUCCUCUGUAUACAUUUGCAAAACUACACAAGAUAGACACCAGAGAACGGGCUGAAUAUUGGUUUCGUGAGUGUUACAGCAAGGAAAAAGUGGUGGUUUGGCUGAAAGGAAAGGGCUCUGAGUCUGACAUGAUUUUGCGCGCUGCAGCCACAAGGAAUGCCAUCAUCCGUCCAGAAGGCUUGAUCCAUCCACCGGAAGUGUUCUACGUCACGGGUAAAAAGCAGUGGGACUUUCUCGACACUGACGAUCUCCUGAAAGCGCAUCAAACUGAGUCAAAGAAGCUGAAUGUUUGUGGCAUUCUCACUAAGGCUAUCGGAUUCCCACAGAAGAGUGCCCAAUUUGACGACCUCCUGCUUUUUCGACCCGCAGUUGACACAUUAGAAGGAUUAGAGACUAAGAUUCGCGGACAUCAUGAACGGAUUUCGCCAUAUAUGCAAAAGGCCGUGUUUGUACAAAAACGAGCAGGUCGCAAGUUCGGUCUACAUUCUAACAGCUGUCAGGAGCGUUUAUUGCGGUUCAUGCUGGGGAUAGCUCGAAUCCUUGUUUCUGGAUUUGGAAAGGUGAUAUUAUAUGCCGUCUCGUAA